UUACGGUGUUCAUCAAACAAUUUGUGAUGAAGAUGUGUAUUUACCGCGCCUGAUCAAUGGCAAUGGCGUGGAGCAACAGGUGAAAGUUGCAGAUAUCACUGCCUUAAACAGGGAAGAUGGACGUUAUGGCUGUAAAUGCAUCGGUCACUGCCCCUCCUGCUUCCACCUCGGCCCCCUCCCCUGACCCAGAGGACCCGGUCUUCCCGCUUACAUCGCUGGACAGCGAAGACUAUGUCUUUGUCGAAGCACGGCACUCCAACAAAGUGCUGGAAGGCCUGAACAGCCUACGCCUCAACAAUGCUUUCUGUGAUGUCAUCCUCUGCUGUGGUGGCCAGGAGUUUCCUUGUCAUCGCAUCGUGCUGGCCUCCUUCAGCUCCUACUUCCAGGCAAUGUUCUCCACCGAUCUGAUGGAGUCCAGACAGGAGCGUGUGGCCAUCAAUGGGGUGGAGUCCCAGAUGAUUGGCAUGCUGGUGAGCUACGCCUACACUGCCGAAGUGGUCAUAUCCAAGGCCAACGUUCAGGCCUUGCUGGCCGCCGCCAACCUGCUGGACAUCAUGGCGGUGCGGGAGGCCUGCUGCCGUUUCAUGGAGCGUCAGAUGGACGACAUGAACUGCGUGGGUAUCCACUGCUUCGCAGAGGCCCACUCCUGCAGAGAGCUGGAGAGGCAGAGCAUGGAGUACAUUCUGCAGCACUUCAGCACUGUCUGUCGCCAGGAGGAGUUCCUGUCUCUGUGUGCUGACAAGCUGACCGAGAUCAUUGCCAGUGACCAUCUCAAUGUGCCAAAGGAGGAGACGGUAUUUGAGGCCGCCAUGCUCUGGCUGGACAAGUGCCCCGCUCGCAGGCAGAGCUUUGAGAAGGUGCUGGAGCACAUUAGGCUUCCCCUCAUCAGCCCGUACUACAUCCACGAUGUGGUCGAGUCCCUGCCUGUGGUGAAGGAGUCCCUGCAGUGCCAGAGGCUCAUCUCUGAGGCUAAAGACUACCUCCUGCUGCAGGACCGGCGCGGGGAGCUGUAUGGCCCUCGAGCACGCCCGCGCAGAUCCACAGGAACAGCAGAUGUGAUUGUGACAGUCGGGGGCGAGGAUGACAAAGUGGUACUUCGCAGCGUAGAGAGCUUUGACCCUGUCACCAGUCAGUGGAAGAGCCUCGCCUGCCUGCCCUUUGCUGUCAGCAAGCAUGGCUUAGUAGUGUCAGGCUCCACAUUGUAUCUGGCAGGUGGGGAGUUCCCUGAUGGCUCUGCCAGUAGGGAGAUGUGGCGCUACGAUCCGUGCUUUGACUCUUGGCUAGAGAUGGCCCCCAUGAAUGUAGCUCGAUCAGAGCUGGGUCUGGUUAUGCUGGAUGGCUUCGUGUUUGCAGUGGGUGGCUGGGAGGGCCGGUCUCGGCUGGACUCUGUAGAGUGCUACAACCCAAACACCAACACCUGGCACUUCAUGGAGUCUGUCAAAAUGGCAGUGACCAGCCCUGCAGUGGUGGCUUUAGAUGGACUGCUCUAUGUCACAGGUGGAGCUGUUCUAGAAGAUGGUGAUGGCACAGACUUGGCACAAGUGUACAAUCCUAAAACGUGUGUUUGGACCGAGGUGGCCCCUAUGCUGAUUGCUCGCUCUGGCUCAGCAGCCUGUGUGCUGAAGGGCAAGAUCUAUGUCAUAGGUGGCUGGCACGCCUCAACAGAGAAUACAGACAAAGUGGAAUACUAUGACCCAAAAAGCAACCAGUGGACAAUGUGUGCACCCAUGAAGGAACGACGCUACCGACCUGGGGUGGCUGUGGUGGAUGGCAAGAUAUAUGUUCUGGGGGGAGAGGAGGGCUGGGACAGGUACCAUGAUACUAUAGAACGGUAUUGCGAGGAGACGGAUACCUGGGAAAUUGUAGGAGAGAUGCCAACCAGCCGUAGCUGGCUGAGCUGUGUGACUCUACAAAUGAGAAAAGAUGCCCAUAGUGCUAGCCGGCCAAGCACUGCAUCAGAAGGAGAGUUUCCAGUGGACUAAGCCAUGAUGCCAUCCAGGGAGCCAAACUGCACUCUGUGUGGCACUAUGGGAAAGAGGAUCAAGUGAGAAAAGGGGAUAGGUACAGAAUCACAGGCAUUGUGCCAUGCCGCCUUGAUACCGACCUCAGCUCCAACAUUCCCAUGUGAUUUGAUUGUGGGCACAGACUCUGGCAUGCAGGUCCGGCAGUUAUCCCUUGUUCCAAUUUAGGGCUUUUUGUUUAUGUGUGUUGGGGGGUGGGGUCUAGUCCAAGUACUUGGCCAGAGGUUGAAUGUUCAUUUUGAACUGUGUGUUGACAGCCAUGUUCUUAUGGUGGACUAAACACCAUCCUUUGUGGAAUUCCUAAGGUAUAUUUGUGAUGUAAACAUGGGGGAGUCUGGUUUACUUGCUGCCAAGUAUCUGAGAUGGACUACCAAGGGUAAAGUCACUAGCUCAUUGACAGAGUGACUGCUUACAGUGUCUUUGUUCAUUAUUGUCCAAGUUCAUUUCAUUACAACAGUGGAGUUAUUUUAUGGUGAAAAGAAUGCUCCAAAAUUUCAAAAGAAACCUUGAAGCCAAUGUUUGUGCGUGUGGUGUUCUGUAGUGCCAGUACACAAGUUAAUCUGUUUAUAAUUUGCCUUGAUUUUUGUAACUUUACUUGCUUUUGAAGUUUUGAUUGUUAUUGGCUGCCUUUUGUGAAAAUGUAAUUUCAAUUUGUGUGGUACACUUGGCAACGAUUAUUUGGUUUCCUCCAUGAAACCAAUCACACAUGGAAUACAAACCCAUCCACUUUGACUCUGCAUAAUUUUUAUGGUAAUUCCAUAUUUCAUAGUUUUGUAAUGACGUGUUACUAAAAUGGACACAUCUAAAAUGAUUCAGGACAUGAUUAUGCUCCAUCAACAAUUUUAAAACAAAACCUACAAAUUUAGCACCUGAAAUGUUGACACCAGCCCAUCAAUGUGAACUUGAUGAAUCUAUGUAGGAUAUGUCUGUUCAAGUGUAAGUCCUUUCAGAGGACUAGUCUUUUCAGGUUCAAACAUUCUCAUCUUGAGAACAUAAAACCCAGGUUGUGUCAUUUUCAUAUGGGACAGCCUCAAUGGAUUUCUUGAAAGGACUCCGUCUUAGAUUUCGAUUCGAAUAUCACCCCCAUAAAGCACUUGAAAGAUUGACAUCCUUUUUCUUUAACCAGUCAAAUCCACACUCUGUGGAAAAAGUUCAGGCCCUCUUGGUUAAGUGAAUUGCAUAUGUCUCAGAAUAAAUGUAUGCAUGUGUUGUGUUUUCAGUUGAGUGUAACUGGGGCUUACUGAGUGCUUAUUUGUUUUUAUCCAUGUGGUGAUAGUAUAGACUGAACACUCUGCUGCAAAGACUGGUAUUUCAAACUUAACCUCAGAAAUGCACUGUAAAUUGAGAUCACUAAAACCCAGAAUUCAUAAAUUAGUUGUGUUUAGCAGCAAUUUACAAUUCUACUUUGCAAGUUUAGACAGCACUUUUGUAUCCUUAGGGAUAGUGGUGGGCUUUGCCCACUAUAACACUUUGAUAAUGUAACUUGAAAUAAGGUACAGUUUUGACAGAGAACAUGAGCUAUUUCACAACUAAUUGUAGUGAUCUCAAAUUAGUGCCAUGAUAUAGGUUCUCAUGUAUGUACGUGGCAUUGUACUGCUGUAAUCAAUAAACAUUGCACUGGGUCUUUUAAGGGUCUUUGUUAUUUAUCUAGAAUUCAUAUACAGUUGAUAAGACCAAUGUACAUUAUUACUGUCAAAUUGCUCACAGAAUUUACAAAACGUACAUAAAUGUUUACAAAGACCUUGUUUUAAUACCACAAAAAUAUGAAAGCAUUAAAAAAUUGCAACCUAACAUUGUACAUUGGAAAAG